AUGUUACGUCGUACGUGGAAUGAAGUGCUCUUAUGCGACAAUGAAAGCGAUUUAUCAGAUUUCAUUAAAGAUCAACAGGUUUGUGUUUAUCGAAAGGAAACAUUUAACACCGGCACAUCGAUUACAUAUAAAUGUUCACAAUACAAAAAGUACCCACUGUGUCAGUUUCAACUGAAAGCAAAAGAAAGUUCAGAUGGCUAUCAAGUCUAUUCAUCAGAAGCACAUAAUCAUCAUACGCGCGCUCAGACAAGUCGUCUUCCAUCGCCUGUUCGACACAACAUCGUACUAAUGACAGAUACCGGUUUAACAGCCCGACAAAUUCAAAAGGCAGUUACCGUGUUCAAUCCUCAAUUAUCAAACGAUAUAAUAAAAAUUCGGAAUGUUGCACGUAUACAUCGGCAAAAGAAUCGUUGCAGUAUAAAAUUUAUCGAAGAUUUACAGACCUGGUGUUCAAGUCGGAAUCAUUUUCCACCCACAUCAUUGCCACAUCAGGUAUUUGUACCCCACUUUGAAGUAACU